CUGUCUCUUAUCAUUUCUCUGCAUGUAAAUUGCAAUUAUGUGAAUACACUUUGAUCAAUAGAUUGAUUCUUGUUCUUGAUUAGAACCGUGGGUUUGCUUUAGUUUUUAUGAUGUAAUCGAUGGUCGAUGAUGAGAAUGAUGGAUACUGUUUUAUUGCUAUAUGCUCUGUUUAUUUGCUAGAGAAAAUUUGUGACAGAAGAAUACAAUCAAUGAAAAUGAAAUUUCAUCUUUCUAAAAAUCUCAAAAUAUUAUCCAGAAGGUGGACCUUCAAGUUUAUUUUGUCUAAUUCAAAACAAACAAGCCGGUCAAAAUAAUCUUACUUUUUAACUCUGGUCUUAGUCAAUAAAUGAGUGCUUCCUCCGUUGAAAUUUAGACACUGGAAAAUUGUACUUACAAAAUUGUGGUCGGUUUAGUUUACAAAAAAAAAUUGUGUCGGUCCGCGACAAAACCAAGAUGAAAAGUCGUGUUUUAUAUCUUUCUACCUUAAUAUUUUAAGAUGUGAUCGGUCUUUGUGGGGAUUAAACUCACACCAUUUGUCUUCAGAAAUUUCUUUCUGGAUAUGUUUGGUGAAUCUCUCUCUCUCUCUCUUUCUCUACUUUUUGCAUUUCGCUUCAUUCUCUUUACAUUUUCUUUCAUAUAAAGGAGUGGGUGAGAGGGUUGGUGAAAUCUGAAAGGAAUCAAAUAUCGUUGGAGUUUGUUGUCUGUCUACUGUAAGUCCAAGUGUCUAAUCUUUUUCACCUAUUUGUUGCAAUCAUGGAGUACAGCCUUGACCUUUUAUACACAUACCCCACCAAGUUGAAGUGUCUUAUAAGGUAUUGAUUACAGUUUGUUUACAUCUGAUAGAAGCUGUGACACAUAAUCAAAAGCUAUGGACUUCAAUCAACAAGCUCAUCCGGAUUGCGUAUAUUCUGCCAAUCCUUUCCAUGAAUGUGCUUCAGCUUGUUUAGAGAGAAUUGCUCAAGGCCAUGUGAUCAAGAAGACCCCUAAGAAGCAAGGUUCAAAGAUUCUUAGCUUCUCAGGGAGUUUCGGUAGGAAAAAGAAGGAAACACACUCUCAACCGCUUUCACCGUUAUCUGCAAAGCCUUACCAAAACGGUGGAGGCGGUUUUGGAAACGCUAAUACCCCAAAGGCUCAUCGUUCGGUGCCUCCACCUGUUGCUGUGAAGAACAAAAACGUUUCUGAUUCGGAUAAGUCUUUCUCAUCUUCUUCAUCCACCGACCCUGAUGACUUCUUUAAGCAUAAACCGGAGAUGAAACUCUCUCAAAUCAUUCCUCUUUCACCUAAACCGGGAAAACAAGAACACAACGUGAAGAAUGAAACUACACUGUUUAAUCUCCUAAGCUCUCCAAUACAGCAUGAAAGAGAGAGCAGUGAUGAUUACAAUGAUGAUGAUGAUUACAACAAUGAGAUUGGAGUAGAGCUCGAUCUUGAAUCAGUUAUGUCUGACACUUUUGUCUCUGUCGGAAAAUACCGAGUGAGGUCUGGUUCGUCCGCAAUUCUAACCGCUAUCAUCGAGAAACAAGGAGACAUAGCUCAGAACUGUAAGCUGGAGUCAGACUCAAUGCGGUCCCGUUACCUCGAGUGUUUAUGCUCGUUAAUGCAAGAACUCAGGUCAACUCCUGUCGGGCAGUUGACUAAAGUCAAAGUCAAAGAGAUGCUCGCGGUUCUCAAAGACUUGGAGUCUGUGAACAUCGAAGUGGCUUGGCUACGUUCGGUUCUUGAGGAGUUUGCGCGGUUUCAAGAACAUGCAGAGAGUGAGAAAGAGAGACAAGAGGGUUUAGUAAAGGCUAAGAGAGAGGAGCUCAAAGGUCAAGAAGCGGGUUUGGUUCGGUUGGAGGAGGAAGUGGGCAAAGCGAGGUUGAGGAUCAUGGAGACACGGGCCGUGAUGGUCGAGAUGGAGAGGGAACGGUCGAGGAUGGAGAAAAUGGGAUUCAAAAUGGAGAAGUUUAAAGGCAAAACGUUUUUAGAUGAGCUUAUGUGAGAUUGUGAUGUUGUUAGUAGUAAGUAAGCACAAAAUCAAAAAAUACUCUAAACGAGUUGUUUUUCAACAGGUUAGGCUUUAAGUAUAUGGGAAAGCUUUUUCACUAAGGUGAAUGUUUGCUUAUUAGUAGUAACUUGUGAUGGUGUUGAAGCCUAUCUUUUUGUUGAGAUAUCUUGUUUGUUGCUAAUAAAUAAAUAUGUUUGGCUUUGUGAUGCAAGGUGAAUGUUUAUUUGUUAGUAGUAACUUGUGAAGGUGUUGAAGUC